UAAACUUAAUACAUUUUAAGCAAAAAUCUUAUAUAUAUUAUUGUAUACUUUAUAUGUGUAUCAUAAAUAAAAUUUUAUUGAUAUGAUAUAUCACCAAAAUUUUAUGGAAACUUUUUUAUUAUAUUGGUCUGUUUUUAUCAAUAUAAAUUGCAAGUAUUAUUAAACACACUUUUUGUUUAUUUCAAUGUCUCAAUUACCCCGCUUCUGCGAUUCAUUUUGAUAACAAUUUUUUAUCAUUUUGAUACCUGUUUUAUUAUUUUGGAUUUUUUCAUUAUUUCUUGUAAAAUAAUUAGUGACGUAUAUUUUAACGUAAUUCCCUACUCCUUUGGAUUCUCUGAGGUUCCAUUCAUACUCUCCACUGAAAUUAAGUCGUUUAAUCUUCCUUGUAACAGCAGGACGGUGAGUUUUUGAUUUGAUGACAAUUUGUAAUUUUUUUAAUUUGAAUUUCCGACAUUGACUUGAUCUACGCUUUGAAUGUAUUUUAAUUUUUGAUUGAUAUGCCUGCUACGAGGUUGGUAACUAAAGAGUCCGGAUAUGAAUCAACCGACCCUUCUGGCUGUGAAAGUAAAACUGACGCUGAUUUUGAAGGCAACCAGACCCUGGCAACCGACGCCUCGGUAAAUCAAAACCAGUCCCUAUCCCAGACACAAACCUCUCAACAAGACUUAAAGCCUACCAAUUCUCAACCGAAUGAUCCACAAUCAAAUGAUCUACAAUCAAAACAGGAUAAUCCACAAUCGAAUGAUGUACACUUGAAAAAAGAUGUACACCAAGUGUCAUUUGAUGGAGUUCAUCACGUCCCAAUGCAGGGCCAGUUUAAUCCACAGAUGAACCACUCAGUUAACAUGAAUCAGACCCAGCAACCUAUGAUCCCUCACUCCAACAUGCCCAUCCCACACGUGCCUCACCCUGGAUUCCCAGUCAUGGGCUUUCCUGUCUUCCAACCCAUGAUGAAUCAACCGAAUAUGGGCCAACCGAGUAUGGGUCAACCGAAUAUGGGCCAACCGAGUAUGGGUCAACCUAAUAUGGGUCAAGCCAAUAUGAAUAUGAGUGAGUUUGCUUAUGUGCCACCACCGAUGAGGUUUACGGGGAAAGACAUGGGAUCUGUGGAUCACAUGACACCUCAGGCAGUUUUAGGGCGUCUGAGCAGUCAGAAUUUGCCGCCAAUGUCAGCGUUCGGACAUCACCAAUCGGGAAUUCCACCCACAAAUUAUAACCAGUUUUUCGACUUUAAAGACGAGGCUGAAUAUAGCUUGGCAUUUCUGGAGCAUUCUGGCGGGGUGGUUUACGACAACGGGUCUUACUCACAUGGCGGAAGAUGGCUUACGUUUUGGGAGUACAAGGGCAGAAUUUGGCGAAAAUCGUUUCCAGUCUCACUGUUUGGCAGCGAGGGUGCCAAGGAGUUGGCUGAGAGUUUCUGGGUGAGCAAGAUGAGGGCAAUUCAGCUGUUUAACCGGAACAAGCAGGAGAAGAUUCUGAAGAUGGAGAAGAGAUCUGAGACCAGAGGUCGAAAGAAGAAGAUCUUGACGACUUUGGAGACUCCAGUGCCCCAUUUGAGUUUAGACCCGACCCUUGCAGCUCAGUUCAUUCUUCAAGACCAGAACAAAAAAGAGUCGAAGGAGGGUUCACACCAGAAAUCGAACAAGGACUCCCCGAGGGAGGACACGAGUGAUUUUAAGCCUAGGGAAAGGGAAACCAGGGUUGACAGUGAGCGUGAAGGUUUGGAAUGGGACGCUGAAAACAGCUCUUGGUGUUUUGACAAGGUUGAGAAUGACACGAUUGUGAAGUUCAAAUUCAAGUGUGAGAACAAGGACGAGGGUCUAAAAGGGGCCCAGGCUCUCAAGGAGGAGUAUGAAUAUGAUCUUUUGGACGAAUAUACGCAAUCGCUUCCCAAAGGAGUCUCCUAUGACAAGGCGCGCAUGAAUUGGAAAGUUGUAAUCUCAAGUCCUCCCAGGGGAAUGAAAAAACACAAAAUCUUCAGUGUUUUUAAACUCGGAUACAAACUUGCUAAAGAGUCCGCUUUGUCAUACAAACAAAACUUAGACUCGCUUGGCGGUGAAGAGCCUGAUCCUGCCAAUGAUCCCGUCCCUCCUGAGAAUCUUUCUGAUGAUCCUUUGGUUCAACAUUUUUAUACUGUUUUAAGCUCUAUCGCCGUUAGAGAAGUCAAAGACGGCUUGUCAUAAUUUAAAUUCAUACAUUUUAAUCUGUCACUCUCCU